CAUUUAGGACCGUUGCCGUCAACUACAAAAUCAUACAAAUACAUGCUAGUCGUAGUCGACGCCUUUACGAAAUUUGUUUGGAUAUUUCCAGUUAAGUCUACGACAACAGAAGAGGUAAUUACUAAGCUGACAUUAUUAAAUGACACAUUCGGAAAUCCACGACGUAUAAUAACUGAUAAAGGAACUGCAUUUACCUCUAAAGGUAAGUCCACACCUAAGCGAACGCUUGCGAACGAACGAACAUUCGCAGGUAAUGUGGACGGCAAAGCAAACGCGAACGAUUCGAUUUGUAGUGUUCGUUAGCAUUCGGAAGGAUUUGCGUUCGGCAAGAAAUUUGAGUAGAGUUUGAUCGUUCGUUCGCUUACAUUUGCUAUGUAAUCUGGACGUCUACUAAACGCAAUAGAACGUUCGUACAAAUUUAUUGUACAUUUGUGCGUAGAUGACAUGCAAACGAAUGUUCGUUCAUUUGAUGUUUUCUUUUAUGCAACAAUCGUGAUUAGUCGUGUGUGUAAUUAUAUUACAUAAUCUAUUAUAUAAUAUAUAAAGUAUAUAAAAUAUAAAUAUAAUAAUAUAUAAAGAAAUGAGCAAUAACGUGAUUAUAGCUAGUGCUGCUUUCAUAGUUAUAUCUGAGGGCUCCAAAAAAAAGCGUAAAUGUUGGAUGUCAGAGUUUCUGAAUAAAAGAAAUUGUAUAUGCACACCGCUUUUUAAAGAACUGGAUGUUAAACGCUUUCAUAACUUCUGUCGGAUGUCUGAAAUGGACUUCGAUAAGAUUUUAAAAUUGAUAUCUUCUAAAAUAUCGAAAGAAGAUACAAAGUUUAGAAAAAGUAUAACUCCAGCAGAAAGACUGGCAGUCACCCUCAGAUUUUUGGCAACUGGGGAUUCAUUUACCAGCUUGGAGUAUUUAUUUAGAAUAUCGAAGCAAUCUAUAUCCAAAAUUGUACCUGAAGUUUGUUCGGCUUUGCUCGAAGCAUUGAAAGAAUAUGUGAAGACGCCUAUUUCUCCUGAAGAAUGGUGCGCUGUUGCUAAAGUUUUUGAACAGAAAUGGAACUUCAACAAUUGUAUCGGAGCUAUAGAUGGAAAGCACUGUGUUCUUCAAGCUCCAUUUCAUUCAGGAAGCGAUUACUUCAACUACAAAUCUUCUUUUAGUAUUGUUCUUCUGGGUAUUGUGGAUGCAGAAUAUAAAUUUUUAUAUGCUAACGUAGGUUGCCAAGGAAGAAUAUCAGAUGGCGGCGUUUUUAAUAACAGCGCUUUCUACAAACAUUUUAAAAAUGAAACUUUGGGACUACCAAAAGAAAUGACGUUGCCUGGGAGCACAAACAAAGUACCAUUUGUUUUUGUUGCUGAUGAUGCUUUUCCACUGAAACCAAAUAUUUUGAAGCCCUACAGCGGAAAACACGAUAAAGGCUCAAUAGAGCGUAUUUUCAACUAUAGACUUUCCAGAGCUCGUACAGUCGUUGAAAACACAUUCGGAGUUUUGUCCAGCGUUUUUCGUGUUUUAAGAAAACCUAUUCAAUUACAGCCAGAAAAAGCAUCUAUUAUAGUUUUAGCUUGUAUACAUCUUCACAAUUUUUUACGGUCAAGCAGUUCUUCGAAACAUUUGUAUAACCCUCCGGGGACACUUGACAGUGAAUGUGAUGGCAUUGUUACUCCAGGCACUUGGAGAACAGACACUAACGAUUGCAAUUCUUUUAAAUCUUUACGAAAAGUGGCUAGAAAGCCUCCAGCUCAAGGUGAAGAUAUUAGAAAGCUGUAUGGAGAAUACUUUAUGGAUGCAGGAAAAAUUCCUUGGCAGGAUUAUUAUGCGUAGAUUUUCUUUAUUAAAUAAAUUACGUUAUUAAGCUUAUUUUUUAAUACUAUUAAAAAAUUACUUGUAAAUACUAAGUCAGGUUUAAGAAUAAACAA